AUGUUCAGACAAUCAAUUAGACCAAUUCUUUCGACUAGAGUAACCUUUGUUCGUUACAACAGCUCUCCAGCUUACACGGCUGCUAUUAGUCUACUGAAGGGAGAUUUAAAAAAGGCCAUGAUUGCCAAGGAUGAGAUGAAAAAGACAGCGAUCAGAAGCAUGUUAUCAGCUAUUAAGAACAAAGAAAUUGACUUAAAGGGAAAGAGCGCCGACGAGUAUUCUCUCUACGACAUGUACUCUAAGUUAGUAUCUCAAAGAAAAGACUCCAUUAAUGAAUUCGUUGCUAACAAAAGGGACGAUCUAGUGGCCAAGGAGCAAGGUGAAAUGGACAUCAUAAAGCAAUACAUGGAUCAGUUACCUGUGUCAUCCGAGCUUGAUAUUGAUCAGAAUGUGAAAAACCUGCUAGAUGCCCUUAAAGAGAAGGCAGGUGAGAAAAAGAUCCAAAUUAAAGAAAUUAUGGGAGAAAUUGACUGGAAGUCAUUGCCAACAGAAUGGAAGACAUCGCCAACUGCUAUUAAAAACAGCAUUGUUAAACAAUUUAAAGAGAUUUUUAAAUGA